GCCGUUCGGGCUCUCCCAGCGCGCGCGCGAAGGAGGCGCCGCGCCCGCGCGCUGGUGCGCGCCGCACGUGCGCCGGGCCGAUAGGCCGCGCGCGCGGCGCACGCGGCGCCUGGAUGCGCCUGCUGAGGCCAGUGUGCUGAUGGCCGUGACGUGGCAGGACGCCGAGCAGGACGCCGCCGCGAGCAGGGCGGGCAGCGGCCUGGCCAGACCGGCCAGGGCGCCGAAGAGGGCGGACUCCUACGAGGACGACCGUCCGACGCCGACCGUGACGUCGUCGGGCGAGCUGUCCUGGGAGACGCGGGCGCGGACCCUGUUCCGGUCGGCGAGCCGGGCCUGCACGAAGCACGCCUCGAACGUGGGCGCCAGCAUCCCCCUCGCCAGCCGCUUCGUCUCCUUCUGGAGGCCCAGCAGCGACGCCCGAGCGCUGCUGCUGCGGGUGGGCGCCUGCCUGGCGUCGGGCCCAGAGCCCGCGGCGAGCGCCGCCGCGGGGCUGCUCGUCGUUGCCAGCCUGGGCUGCGGCGGCAAGGCG